AUAAGCGAUGGGUAGGUCCGUGCCUGGGAUCCCAACUGGUGAACCACGGGCCGCUGAAAUGGAACACGCGGACUUAACCCCUGUGUCACAGUGCCCGCCCCAAACUGCUAAAUAUUUAUCUAAAUAAUUCAGAGUUUUCUCUCCCACAAAGUUUACACAUUUAACCUCAAAAGGUUGAUUUAAAAUUUGUUUGUUAUUAGGACAAAUCCUGCCAAAAAUGAAGAUUUGGGGUUUCUUUAUUCACAAUCAAGAUUCAGACUUCUUUAGACUACAGGACAUUUUGAAAAUCCAAAUAAUUUAAAAGGUAACAUUUUUAUGAAAGACUGAAAUGAACCAGACUUCCUGCACUCAUGGUAAGAAUUAGUCACAGGGAGACGGUUCAAGAUCCAGUGACAGUGGACAUGUUAUCUUGCUCUCUGUGUUCACAGAGAUGGCAGCACUGCAUGAAGGACAAGGGAGAAGGUGCCACAAGCUGGAACUUGGAUGGAAUGACUGUCUCAUUAUGCAGGUAACCCAGGAAGUGUAUUUAUAUAUAAGAUUCUGAACUAGGCUUUAUAUUUUGCAAGAAUGCAUUGAUAGUGUGGGAAUUCACUGUCUUUUGAAAGUUCUCCUAUGUCAUUCUCUUCAUCAGCCAUGUUAGGAUCCUUUGUGAUUACGAAAAUAUGAGGGGAUUGACUCAUUUCUGUAACACUUUUUGCAUAUUUUCCUAUGAUAAAGAUCCAGAAUAAAUUUAUCUUCUCUAACAUCAGUAUUUUUAGGAACUAUUUUCAAGUAUAACUAUUUGGGGAUAUUUUAAUGGGCAGAUAUGUCGAAAUCUCCUGAUAGGUUCAGUUAAUAUGUUCUCUAAGCACUGUUUGUUAAUCUGUUAAAAAUUAGAGAAUGACACAGCGUCUCUAGAACUUGGAUGAGUGACUUUCAAAAGCUUAAGGUAACACUUUAGUAAGCAAGCUGUUGCUUCAAUUUCUGUUUUUCUGUUCUCAGGUGAGUUUCAGCAUCCUAUCAUUUAUUUACUGCCAUUUGGAUGUAGUCUUCCUUCAAUUGCUUCUUUGUAUGAUUUGCCCACUUUGCUGUUGGUUUGUUUGCCUUUCAUUUGUUAAUUGCUUAGAGCUCUUUGUCUAUAUUGAUAUUAGCUCUGUGUAUGUCCUCUAAAAUGUAAACCUUUUCCCUAAACUACUUCUGUCUAUUGAUGUUACAGUAUCUUUUCCUAAAUCCUUAAAAGUUUUGAAAUUGUCAACUAUGUCUAUUUCGGAUUUCACUUAUUAGGUAAGAAUGUUAUCCUACCCUUGGAAUGUAGAAAGCCAUCUCUUUUAUUAACUGGAAAGUGAAGAUAAAUUAAGUCUUACUUUAUUUUUUCAUUAAAGUUUUAAUCUAUUUUUAUUUUAUUUUUGUAUGUUAUUAGCUAUAUGUACAAUUUUAUUAACUUCCAGAUGGAAAGCUAGUUGUGGCAACCCAUUUAUAUAAUAAUGUGUCCUCCUUCCCCACGUAUGUCUCUAAUGACUUGUCUCUCUAUUACUCGGUAAUAUUACUGAGGGUAGGGACCAUAUUUUAAGCAUCCUUGUAUUCUUUUAAUCUCUGAAUGUAUUGGUACGUGAUAAAUCAUAAUGCCUAUUUGUUGAAUGAAGAAACAAAUUAUGUCAAGAUUUCAGGAAGUCACUAGUAAUAACUAUAUUUGCAGGUAAUCUUGUCCUGAACUCUGAAAUAAGACGUAGAGAAGAACCUAUGGAACAAAGGAAAAAUGUGACUGAAUUUGUACUCUUGGGGCUCACUCAGAGCCUCCAGGGUCAGAAGAUACUAUUUGUUGUGUUCUUGCUCAUCUACAUUGUGACAAUGGUGGGCAACCUACUCAUUGUCAUGACUGUGGUAGUCAGCCCAACCCUGGAUGCCCCCAUGUACUUCUUUCUUGGCUACUUGUCAUUUAUGGAUGCUGUUUAUUCUACUACAGUCACCCCAAAUAUGAUUAUAGACUUACUCUAUGAGAAGAAAACCAUUUCCUUCCAAGCUUGCAUGAGCCAGCUUUUUAUAGGGCACUUAUUUGGUGGUGCUGAGAUUUUACUCCUGGUGGUCAUGGCCUAUGACCGCUAUGUGGCCAUCUGCAAACCCUUGCAUUAUUUGACAAUCAUGAAUCAACGUGUGCGUGUUCUGCUGCUUCUGUUGGCCUGGCUUGGAGGUUUUCUGCAUGCUGUAGUUCAACUUCUCUUUGUCUACAACCUUCCCUUCUGUGGCCCCAAUGUCAUCGACCACUUCAUCUGUGACAUGUACCCCUUAUUAAAACUUGCCUGCACUGACACCUACGUUAUUGGUCUCACCGUGGUUGCCAAUGAUGGGGCAAUCUGUGUGGUCAUCUUUAUGCUCUUACUCAUCUCCUAUGGGGUCAUUCUGCACUCCCUGAAGAAUCUUACUCAGGAAGGGAAGCGCAAAGCAUUAUCCACUUGUGGCUCCCACAUCACUGUGGUGGUCCUCUUCUUUGUCCCUUGUAUUUUUAUGUAUGUGAGACCUCCUUCUACCUUACCCAUUGAUAAAUCCCUGACUGUGUUUUACACCGUUAUCACCCCUAUGUUGAACCCUUUAAUCUAUACUCUGAGAAAUGGAGAGAUGAAAAAUGCCAUGAAAAAGCUCUGGACCAGAAAAAGAAAAUGAGGCAGCAGAGAAAUGUACCACCUGUUUUCAAUGAAGAAUUGCUCCUUCCAGGAAAGCCAUGUGUGAUUAUUUAAUUAUAGUAAAUUUUUCCUCAGGUUUAAUAACUUGGACAUUAUGAAAAAUAUUUAUGUGAAAACUUUGAAUGAUUUAAAUAUAUUUUUAAGAUUUUCAUAAUUUCUUAGGAAAAUAUAUGUUCAGUUUUUGUGCAUAAAAAGUCUCUUGAAAAGUAUAGACUUAUGUUCUAUAUGAUGAGUUAUGCUACACUUAAUGCUGUAAAUUAAUUUUAGUUAGAAGAUUUUCUCAUGUUUCUCUCUUAAAUAACAUAAUAUUUUUCAGAAUUAAUAGUCUUCAUUACAGAUUUCAGAAAAGUAAAAUAAGAAAUAAAAACUUGCUUCACUCCUCCCCACAUAGACAGCCCAUAUUAAUAUUUGAAGUGUAUAUCUUAUGUUUGUAUCUAUGAGAUACUUUAAAUAUAUAAUUCUGUUCAUAUUGCUUAGCACGUUAAGGUUGAAGAGGAAUGAUGCUUCAGAGUUCUAAUAUUAAUCACAAGGAGGCUAAGUAAAUAAGACGAUUCUAAUGAGCAAGGCAGAUAUGCAGAAAAAUAACUACAUUGUAUGUAUUGUUCUGAUUAGGAAAUCAUAGUAUCUCCUCAAGUGGAACAAUUUUGUUUUGGUGUUACUUUUUCAAAAAGAUCCAUUAAUCUUCCCAGAUUGUUUAGAAUAUCUGAUAAGACUUCUGCUAUUUUUCAAUAUUCGCAUCCCCUUUCUUAGCUUAUAGUGUUUCAUAGCCUUCUAUACUGACCCAGACCCUGCCUUUCAUAUGUAAAAUCGCAUAAUCCAUAAUCCUUGAGCUUCAAAUAUGCAAUACAGAAGUCCACAACAGAUAUUUUGGGUGAUGUUGUUAAGAAAGAUGCUGACACUAUAUUCUAUUCUUCCCUCUCUUAUUAAUGGAUUGAAGAUUAUUAGGUAAUAAAGAGGCCCGAAUACGUUGUUUUAUUUAACAGAGACCUCAAUCAUAAAAUCCUUUCUUUCUCUGAAUCAGGCUUGAAACAAAAUAUUAUCUCUCCCUAAAAUGUCAGGAAGCAUGUGUAAAAGAAACUCAUAAUUCUGCCUCCCUUAUUUGGUCUGGAUUCCUAAGGGGCUAAGGCUAUGGGGCAACAAGUCCUUUUCAUUGGCAAAUCACACAGUAUGAGAAUCCUUGUAUGCUGAUUUUUAUCCCUGUUAUUGGAGAUUUCUUACAUCAUCUCAAAGUCUUCCCAAAAUAAUACUAUUCACCAAAUGAUAUCAAGUAUAUGACUCAUCUGAAUUUAUAUAAUUAACUCCUUCUCUUUUGGACAUUGCUAUAGACUGAAAGUUUGUGUCCUCCCCAAGUUCACAAGUUAAAUCCUUUAUAAUGUGGUGGUAUUUGAAAGUAGGCUUUUGAGGAAGUACUUAGAUCAUGAAGGUGGAGUCCUCUUGAAUGAGAUUAGUGUUCUUAUAAAAGAGACCCCAGAGAGCUCCCUUGUCCCUUCUGCCCUGUUGAGGACACAGCAAAGAAUUGGCUGUCUGUGAACUAGAAAGCAGGUCCUCACAAGACAUGGAAUCAGCUGGCGCCUUAUCUUGGACUUCUGAGCCUCCAAAACUGUGACAAAUAAUUUUUUUUUGUUUAAGCCACCCAGUCUAUGGUAUUCUAUAAUAACAGUCCAAAUGGAGUUAAACAUUUAGUUAAUUUUCAAAUUUGUAUAAUUAUUUCAAUUGAUGAGGUAGAAAUGUUUAUUAAUUGCCUGUGUUCAUUGGUCUAUUCUCUCCCUGAAGUUAGGGAAGGUUACUUAGUUGUCUUUGUGCUCUCUGUUCCCUGCAUGGUGUCUGGGACAUAGAAUCCACCCCAUAAACUUGGUUGUUACUUGUAUCCUUGAAUUCUUGUUCUAUUGGAGUGAGAAUUUUCACUGAUGAAUUUCACUGAAGUCUUUCUACAUUAAAUAUAUAUAUUUGUGAUAAAUAUUUGCUCUUCUUUGAUAUUUGGUACAAAUGUUAACCUUAUGUUAUUUAUGCUAUAAUUAUGGCUGUUGUUAUAUAAAGAUGUUAUAUUUUUAUAUUCCUUUACUUUUCAACUUCUAUCAAAUAACUCUUGGGAAAUUCCAUUUUCUUCAGUGAUAUUAUAAAUUUUAACCUCUUGUUUUCUUUGAUAACUUUUCAAAAAACUUACUUUUUAAUCAUUCUAGAUUUUAAUUUUGUUUGCGAUUAGGAAAUAUCUAAGCCCAUUUUCCCCAAACAGGUGAAACAAUCUGCCAACAUUAUUAUUUUCUUUUUUUUAGUAGUAAUUUGAUUGUAUUUGAUUCAGGUGUCUCUCUUUUUUUAAUUAAUUUUUUUGAUUGAGUUCUUAAUAGUUCACAUCAAUGUGAAAUUCCAAUUGUACAUUACUUCUUCAGUGUCACCACAUAAGUG